AUGGCCGCCGCUAUUUGGCUAGUAUUAGUGUUGUGCGCGUGCGCAGGCGCCGCGCCGCCCGCCCCCGCGCCGCGCACCUAUCCUCACCCGCAGCACCCGCAACAGGCACAGUUGCAACAACUACAGCAUGCGCAGCAGCUGCAGCAGCUGAAUACAUUAGAUUACUACUUGGAUAAUUCGGAAGCAGCUAACUAUUACCAGUCGCAGCAGAGAAAAGGGGCAGCCCCCAGCAACCAGAACGGCGCGCCGUCGCGGCUGGAGACCCUGGAGCCCGACAGCGAGGUGGAGCUCAUACCCGGCGCGCAGCAGCCGCAGCAGCCGCCGCAACAGUCGCCAUCCCCCAACAUCCCGGGCCUGAUCCCCGGGCAGCGCGUCUACAUCAUCAACAUGCCGGUCCCCGGCUACCGGCCCGGCACCAUCGGAGGGUACCAGCCCGUGUACGUGGUGGCCGCCGCGCCGGGGCAGGGGCAGGGGCAGGGGGGGCAGGGGGUGCAAGGGGUGCAGGGAGUGCCUGGAGGCUAUCAGAAUGCGAUCCUGUUGGAUCCCUCAGGCCAAGGAGUCAUUUCGCCCUUCCUCGGUUACCAGAGACCAGGGUUCGCUGGUCUCGGCCCUAACGGCUACCUCAUCAACGGACAGAACCAGUUUGUUGUGAACCGGCCCUAUGAUCUCUAUCAAGACCCUGCUGCGUUCGGAUUUCAGCCUAUAGCGGGUCCCCUAGGCCCGGGCCCAGCGGCGGGCGGUCAGGGCGCGCAGGGCGGGCGGCCCCAGGGCUCCGUGAGGCUGUCUCAGCUGAUCGCGCUGCAGGCGCAACCGCAUGCCGCGGGGGCUGACGGUGGAGCUGCUAGCCAGGAAAAGACCAUCCAGCAAUCGGAGAGGAGUCGCCUGGGAGAAGCUAGCGAGGGCAGCGCGGAAACAAAAGAAUCUCUAGAAGACGUCGAGGAGCCAAUGAGACGCAACGCACGGCCCAUACCGCCACACGCACAGCGAAACAAGCCGCAGCAGUGA